AUGCAGUGCCUGCUGGUGAAUGAUAAUCCGGAGAGCAGGGCUUUGGUCGCCAAGUUGCUGGAGAAAGCAAGUCCGGGGAGAGCCAUGGAGAGUGGCAAGGGCAACAAGGGUCAGCGAGUGAAGGAGGAGAUAGCCCGACCUUCGCAACCUGUGGCAAAGAACACCAAGUGCACCACCGAGUGCAGCCAAGAGCCCACCUACCAAUGGAUCCACGCCAAAGCCGAUGAACUUCACUCCCGGCAUGCAAAUCUCACGACUUUCAACUCCACCACCUGCCCGGAUGCCUGGGCGUUUCUCUAUCGCAUAUGCAAUGCGGGAGCUUCGAAGACAGACCCCGAAAUCGUGAAGCGAUGGAAGGAAGGUGGACUAUCGAGACAGAAACUCAUCAAAGAGUUCGUGGAGAAGUGCUACGUCAAGGGCUACCUCCGGGAGGGCUUCGACAUCAACGAGGGAGUUGGUGAUGCCCUUGAGUUAUCUGAUAUUGAGGGUCCUGAAGAGAAAAAGCCCCCGAAGCCGGCGGGACGUGGCAGUGGGCUGCCGGAUCUCGAAGGCCCAGAAACCCCAGACCAGUUUGUGCAGAAGUACAAGAAAUAUCUUCUCAAUCGCCGAGCCGCUUUCAAAGAAGCCAUCGAACGCAUCAAGACCGAUGGUUGUCGUGGCCAUGAGAUCCUGGGCACCUUGAACGAGAUGUACAAGAACUUGUGCAGCAUGGAGAUUGAGAAGAAGGGCUCGAGCAAGGAUGUUUUCGCAGAGCUAUCCAAGCGCAUCAAAGACAAAUGCUUGCAGUUCAACAAUGAGCUGAAUGACACACUUCAAGAAGCUGCCCAAGAAGGCACGCCCACCGGUGAAGGUGAGAAUGUUGGCUAUGAGCGUGGAAAUGCUAUUUUGGAUAGCAUCAGCGAGCACAUUGCAACGAAUUGCCGGCAACUUUAUUACCAGGGUGCAGCUACCCCCGACAAUGAGCGGUUCUAUUUUGCUUUCAUUGGGCUUGAAGGUGAUUUACCAGCCCAAGCGAGGAUGAUGCAUCUUGUUCGCCAUUUCACGUGUUCUCCCAAUGCCUGUUGCCCCUGGUGCCUGGCGGACGACCGGGAGGUACCAUAUUCUGACCAUCGGGAGACAGCUACAUGGGCUUCCACAGUUGGGGUGAAGAUACCAUGGAGGAGGCCAUCCCCGUUGACCAAGAUCCCUGGUGCUGAGACAGAGGUUUUCGCUUGCAGAGAUAUUUUUCACUUGUGCCAUCUGGGCAUACUGCGCACAGGAGUCGUUUCAUUGCUGUGUUACUUGUGUGUGCAAGGGCAUUUUCCGUCGAGUUCCGGAACUGGAAUGCCAGCAAAGCUGCACCAGGCCUACCAACAAUUUCGUUCUUUCUGCAAAUUGAACUUGAAAGACACGCCUCACAUCAAAGACUUUACACGUGAGAACAUGGGGUGGGAGAGCCUGAACGAAAUGCCAGAGUCAUCGAUGAAAGCAUCGGACACGAUAUUGAUUACGAAAUGGUUGCUGGAAUAUUUGCAGCAACCGUGGCUGCUGAAUGAAGUUUCCAGUGCAGCCUUCGAAUGGCUGAGUGCAAUGGACAGUUUUUUGAGAUUGUGCUUCACAGGAGACCGCACUUUCUUCGAUCGAAAGCAAGCUCAUGAAGCCCACCGUUUGUUGUCUAUCUUCGCCCGCAAAUAUGUGGAAUGUGCUGGCCGAUGUUUGGAAGCCAAGAUGCUAUACUUCAAUUUAACUCCCAAAUACCACUAUAUGUUGCAUGUUCGGGAUGGAUUGAAGCUCAAGCCGGGCAGACCCCUCUACUUGAACCCGGUCAUCUUUUCAACUCAAAUGAGUGAAGACUACGUGGGCAGAGUGUCGCAAAGCUCUCGUACAGUUCAUCCGCUAGGAGUUCCACUCCGUGUUGGGCAGAAGUGGCGACUGUUCACAAAGUUAAAGUGGAUGGAGGAGAUCUAA